UUUCGUCUCUAUGGUAUCCGGGGGGAGGGGGGUCGUACGGUCAAAGUGCGCCUGCGCCAUCCACAGCCUUGGCAAUGAGGGUGCUCGUAGGGGGCGGAACUGGAUUCGUGGGCCGAGCCUUAACACAGCUGCUGAGAAGCCGUGGCCAUGAGGUGACUGCCGUUUCCCGUCAUCCCGGGAAGGACCGUAUCACCUGGAAUGAACUUUCCCAUUCGGGGCUCCCUCCCUGUGAAGGUGUAGUCAACCUAGCUGGGGAAAAUGUGCUGAAUCCCCUUCGCAGGUGGAGCGAAUCCUUUCGUCAGGAAGUGGUUGCCAGUCGGGUCGAGACCACCAAGACUUUGGCAAAGGCCAUCUCAGAGGCUGAGCGGCCGCCUCAUGCCUGGGUCCUGAUCACCGGUGUAGGCUAUUACCGGCCCAACCACAACACCAAAUACACCGAGGAGAGUCCCGGGGGGGACUUUGACUUCUUCUCUCGUCUGGUGACCCGUUGGGAGGCUGCAGCUGAAGUCCCCGGCACGGCCGCACGCCAGGUGGUGGUGAGAUCCGGUGUUGUAUUAGGCAGAGAUGGCGGAGCUGUUGCCCAGAUGUUGUGGCCCUUCCGCCUCGGCCUGGGAGGCCCCAUAGCCUCUGGCAUCCAGCCUUUCCCCUGGAUCCACGUGGCAGAUUUGGCAGGCAUCAUAGCGCACGCACUGGAACAUGAGGAUGUCAGCGGGAUCCUGAACGGCGUCGCCCCGUCUGCGGUGACCACCAGUAACAGGGAUUUUGCCCAAGCGAUGGGAUCAGCACUCAGACGCCCAGCCUUGCUGCCUCUGCCUGGCUUUGUGGUCUCAGCUGUCUUCGGUUCCGAGCGAAGCAUCAUGUUGCUGGAAGGGCAACGGGUGGUGCCCAAACGGACCCUGGAGAGCAAGUACCAUUUUGCCUUCCCUGACUUGCCCUCGGCCCUCCAGGAUAUCCUCACCUGACGGAGGGGAAAUGGGAGGAGAGGUCUCGAUUUAAUUGCACCUUCUCGGCAGGUUACAAAAUAAGGUAAAAGCCAAAGCAGUUUUCUUUUUGGCUGGAAAUCUGUCCCCACUCCUCGUACGCAUAAACACAUAUGUUUUAGUAAGCUGUUUACAAAGAUCUGAUCGUUCACACCCUGUUUGUGAAAGAACAUCUCUUGUUCUAGAACUGUCGCGCUCCUUUCUCCAUGACACGUUUGGCAAAAUAAAGUGUAUUGGCGGGAAA